CGUGAAUAAAAGCCUUAUUCCAACUUCCUUAUUUCGACCCAGGACAGGAUCUACAUGUACCUGAAAACAGCUUCAUUAUUGCCAAGACAGCUCCUUCAAGAAGAAACACAAGAUGUUACACAACAUAUUUUUGCUUUUUGUGGGUCUGCUGUCAUUGGAACAUGUGUCCUUUGCACAGGUUCCUUCUUCACAAAUAGUAAAUAUCAAAGAAACAAGAGAGUAUGCUGAGAGGAAGCAGAACUUUACCAGGACAAAUUUUGAGCACUUGGAGAAAGUGAGGAACAGAUCCAUUUGUGUUGCAAGGAGCUGUAAAGACCUCAGGGACAGAUAUGAUGAACGAGAAGAUGGAGUAUACUACCUGACAACAGGCAAUGGCAUGCUGUACCAGACUUACUGUGACAUGACCACAGCUGGAGGCGGAUGGACGCUGGUGGCGAGCGUCCAUGAAAACAGCAUUUAUGGAAGGUGCACUGUGGGUGAUCGCUGGUCCAGCCAGCAGGGCAACAAUGCUGACCUGCCGGAUGGAGACGGGAACUGGUCCAACAGAAACACCUUUGGAACAGUAGAGAGCGCCACUUCUGAUGACUUUAAGAAUCCAGGUUACUACGAUAUAACAGCUGAGGACAUGUCUGUGUGGCACAUUCCCAACAACUUCCCGCUGGAAUUCUGGAACAUGGAAGCUGCAGCCGUCCUCCGCUACCACACUGAAAACCGCUUCCUCAGCCUGUAUGGAGGAAAUCUCUUUCAGCUCUUCAAGCAAUAUCCAGUGAGAUACAAUGUUGGGUCAUACGGUGACAGAGGGCCAGCUAUUCCCAUCGUAUACGACCGCGGGGAUAAGCAGUCCACCAGAAUGUUGUAUGGACCCAAUCCAAGAAAUGAGUUUGAACCAGGCUUCAUCACAUUCAGAGCAAUAAACAAUGAACGUGCCGCCAUGGCUAUCUGCUCUGGUGUCAAGCCGACUGUUGGUUACAACACUGAACAUUACUGUAUAGGAGGAGGAGGAUAUUUCCACCCUGACCAGUGUGGGGACUUCCCAUCAUUUGACUACGACAGACUGGGCAGGGAGCAAGGCUGGAGCGCCUCCAGAGAGAUGACCGAUGCUGCUGUCUUACUGUUUUACCGCUGAGAGGAUUUGUGUACAUGUAGCCUUUGACUAAAGUCUGUUCAGCAGUCCCAGAUGUAACCAGAUCAGGCAAAGUCAAUUCAAUUUCAAUUCAAUUUUAUUUAUAUAGCGCCAAAUCACAACAAA